UCGGGUAUACAAGGAGGAGGGUCGAUAAUCUUCUAUCUUCAAAUAAGCCACAUGGAUGUCUUGAACGACUGUUAGGUUUCUGCGAGCUUAGCCUGUUGCGAUAUUACCGCAGAAAAUUACCCAUUCUUCUUUCCACAAAAACUCGACCUUGUUUUUGAUGAUACGACGAGAUACUCUUGAUUGCUCCUCCGGAGCCGCAUUCUUACUGAUAUCAAUAUCCCUUUCGUUUGAAACUCUCUUCGCCCUUGAGCGACCCACUUUCUACCAGAGCCGUUAAGCCCCUUGGACGAUCAUGUCGGAUUCCAGAUCGGACGGAAACGAUGCGAAGCAAUCGCAACCCCUGCAGCGGCCAAAGGCCCCCGAAAUAAAAAUCAACACCGACUUAAACGAGGAAAUCUCACCGGGCAUGCCACAGCCUACGUUACACAUUUCUAGUGAUAAUGCCUUUGCGAAUGACACGAGCGCUCUUCUAAACAGCGGCAGUGUUUCGCCCUUGGACGGGCCUUCAGGAGGCUCAAUACGUUCUUUUUCGUCUGACCCACGCGACCACGAGAGUCGACCGACCUCUCCGCACAACGUUUCGUCUCCUACAUCCAAUAUGAACGACCCUAUCUCUCAAACUCAAUUCCUGUCAGUUCCUGGCAAGUCGAACCGAUCUCGCGGAAAUUCUUUGGAGUCGGAGGACACACAUCAGUCGUCUAGCACAUAUGGAGGCGAUACCUAUGUGCCAACAGCAUCCCAGGGAUCUCGGGCGGAUUUAUCAAAGAAUAUAAUCAUGAAUGAUGAGGAUGCUUUGAAGCCAGAUCCAGGCCGCGAAGAUGACUUUACGGUGGAGGAUAACAAGUUUGCCUUCUCUCCGGGUCAGCUAAAUAAGCUCCUAAACCCUAAGAAUCUUGGUGCAUUCCAUGCCUUAGGUGGGCUGAGAGGAUUAGAGAAGGGGCUACGGACGGACACCAGCAGUGGGUUGAGUAUGGACGAGACGAUGUUGGAUGGAACUGUGAGCUUUGAAGACGCAACCUCGGAUGCUUUGGUGGAAACAGAGCAAACGGCUACAUCUCAGCCACUGCGGCAGCCGACCAGAUCUAGCACAGAUAUUGCCAAACAGUCUAGCAAUGGAUUCGGGGACCGGAGGCGUGUCUAUGGAAACAACAAACUACCCGAAAGGAAGCCCAAAGGCAUUUUGGAAUUAGCAUGGAUUGCCUAUAACGACAAGGUCUUGAUUCUUCUGACUGUCGCUGCCAUCAUUUCACUCGCUCUCGGAAUUUACCAGUCUGUCACGGCUAAGAAUGGCGAGCCUCGCGUGCAAUGGGUCGAAGGUGUUGCUAUUAUUGUGGCUAUUGUAAUUGUGGUGAUAGUGGGUGCUGCGAACGACUGGCAGAAGGAACGCCAAUUUGUGAAAUUGAACAAAAAGAAGGACGACCGACAGGUCAAGGUAAUUCGUUCGGGGAAAACGUUGGAAAUCUCGGUUCACGAUAUCCUCGUCGGCGACGUCAUGCAUCUUGAACCCGGUGAUUUAAUCCCAGUCGACGGCAUCUUCAUUGGCGGUCACAAUGUCAAAUGUGACGAGUCCUCGGCAACAGGCGAGUCCGAUGUAUUGCGUAAGACUGCAGCUAAUGAAGUCUUUCGGGCCAUUGAGCACCAGGAAAACAUCGCGAAACAUGACCCUUUCAUCGUGUCCGGUGCGAAAGUCUCCGAAGGCGUAGGAACAUUCUUGGUCACAUCCGUCGGGGUCCAUUCGACAUACGGAAAAACGAUGGUGUCUCUCCAGGAUGAGGGCCAGACGACUCCUCUACAAUCUAAGCUGAAUGUUUUGGCCGAAUACAUUGCGAAGCUCGGUCUUGCAGCAGGAUUGGUGUUGUUUGUUGUGCUAUUCAUCAAGUUCCUCGCUCAGCUGAAAACGAUUGACGGUGCUGAUGAGAAAGGCCAAGCCUUCCUUAGGAUUUUCAUCGUCGCCGUGACGGUCAUCGUUGUCGCUGUUCCCGAAGGGCUGCCUCUGGCUGUCACACUAGCGCUCGCCUUCGCCACAACACGCAUGUUAAAGGACAAUAACCUGGUGCGACUUUUACGGGCUUGUGAGACUAUGGGAAAUGCGACAACCAUUUGCUCUGACAAAACUGGCACGCUGACGGAGAACAAAAUGACCGCUGUUGCUGCCACUCUUGGAACAACCUGCCAAUUCCUCAAGUCCUCUUCCAAAGGACCGGGUGAGAACAGCGAUACGCACGAGCCUUCAGAUGCCUUGUCACCCUCUGAGUUCGUCAAAAGUCUUGCCACUUCAGUUAAGGAGCUCUUACUUGACUCAAUCGUACUCAACUCUACUGCAUUUGAAGGGGAACAGGAUGGGAUUAUGACGUUCAUUGGAUCGAAGACUGAAACAGCGCUUUUGAACUUUGCGAGGACCUACCUCGCCCUGGGUUCAGUUAGUGAGGCGCGGGCCAAUGCGGAGACUGUUCAGAUGGUACCAUUUGAUUCCGGUCGCAAGUGUAUGGCGGUGGUGAUCAAAAUGGGACCUGGCAAGUACAGGAUGUUGGUUAAAGGUGCAGCGGAGAUUUUGGCUUCGAAGUGCACGCGUAUCAUUAACGACCCGACACAAGACCUGUCCGAUCGCCCAUUGUCCGAUAAGGAUGGGAGCACUUUGAAUACGACGAUCGUGCACUAUGCGUCUAAGUCCUUGAGGGCCAUUGGCUUAGUGUACCGCGAUUUCAAACAAUGGCCGCCUGAAGGAGUACGCAGACAGGAGGACGACCGAAGCCUCGUAGACUUUGACUCUGCUUUCAAAGACAUGAUCAUGCUGGGGGUCUUUGGCAUUAUGGAUCCCCUCAGAGCUGGCGUGACAGAGUCCGUUCAACAAUGCCAGCGAGCUGGCGUGUUUGUCCGAAUGGUGACUGGAGACAAUAUUAAUACGGCCAAAGCUAUUGCUGAGGAGUGCGGCAUUUUUACACCAGGAGGGAUUGCAAUCGAAGGACCCUCCUUUCGCAAACUUAGCAGCGCUCAGAUUCACCAGAUUAUCCCCCGGCUGCAGGUUUUGGCAAGAUCUAGCCCUGAUGACAAGAAGAUCCUGGUUACUCAUCUGAAGAAGUUAGGUGAAACGGUUGCGGUCACUGGCGAUGGAACAAACGAUGCCCAAGCCCUUAAGACAGCUGACGUCGGAUUUUCCAUGGGCAUCGCGGGUACCGAAGUCGCAAAGGAGGCGUCGGAUAUCAUUUUGAUGGACGAUAACUUUUCCUCGAUCAUCAAGGCUAUGGCCUGGGGUAGGACUGUGAACGAUGCGGUCAAGAAAUUUCUGCAGUUCCAGAUUACAGUCAAUAUCACCGCAGUUCUUCUAACAUUCAUUUCAGCAGUAGCCAGUGCCAGUGAGGAAUCGGUCCUGACCGCAGUACAGCUUCUGUGGGUCAAUCUUAUCAUGGACACCUUUGCAGCGCUUGCUCUAGCGACCGAUCCUCCAUCUCCGCACGUUCUCAACCGCAGACCUGAACCCAAAUCUGCUCCGCUCAUCACGCUCACAAUGUGGAAGAUGAUCAUUGGCCAAAGCAUUUAUCAAAUGGUUGUCACGCUCGUCUUGAAUUUCGCAGGAGGCCACUUCGGUUACGAAGGCACCGUUCUGUCCACAGUAGUAUUUAAUGCGUUCGUUUGGAUGCAGAUCUUUAACCAGUGGAAUUCUCGCCGUUUGGACAAUGGUUUCAAUAUCUUCGAAGGCAUGCUUCGCAAUUGGUGGUUCCUUGGAAUUCAGGUGAUCAUCAUGGGAGGACAGGUCCUGAUCGUUUUUGUUGGCGGCCAUGCUUUUUCUGUUACUAGAAUCAAUGGCGCGCAGUGGGGGGUCUGUUUGAUUUUGGGUGUGGUCUCUCUUCCAAUCGGAGUUCUCAUCCGACUGAUUCCAGAUUGGCUUAUUGAGAAACUCAUCCCAACUUCCUUCCAUCGCAAGAAGGCCCCUCAGCUUUUGGUUUCUGACGAGGAUCGCUUCGAGUGGAAUCCUGCUCUUACAGAGAUUCGGGAUCAGCUUACAUUCCUUAAGAGGGUCCGCGGGGGUCGGUUGAGACACCUCAAGCACAAACUGCAACACCCACAGGAGUUCCUUCCAAGAUCACGAAGCGGCUCACGGUCGUCACGGUCAAGAGAGAACUCAAUCCCUGGAACACCUGUUAACGAACGUAGCAGCACCCCAUCUCAGCCUCCUACUCCGGCGGCUCGGUCUCGCUCAAACUCAGCAUAUACUACAACGGCAGCCAUCAUGGCUGUCGUGGCUGGAAGUAUUGGGGGCUUGUCGCCGACUCAAAAGGCCCCAGCUGACGGGGAGCCAUUCAAGGUCGACUCCACGCCGCAUGGGGGGUUGGAGAACCAGCAGGGCAUUGAAAUCCACCCCGGGACUGCAGCAGACGAUCGAGUUGUAGGAAACUAUCUUUCAACAUCCACGACACCCCCAAGCCAAAUUCCAGACCUUCUACCACACUUUGAACACGCCCCUCCUCGGGCUCCAUCUAGCCGCAGCAUGAGGUCUACAUCCGCUCACAGCCGAUCCACCUCUCGCAAUGGAAGUUGACCGGUUGUUAUAAACAUCCUUUUUACCUCCUUAAUAAUACCACGUGAUACGUUACCGGUCCUUUAACUGAGACCGUCCUACAGCGAUGUAUUAUGAACCUGUCGUUUAUACGGCCUUUUGAUAUCUUUUUUUUUCUUAGCUCUUUCUGGGUUGGCUGUUUUCUUCCGAUAAAGCACCGUUACUACGUCUU